AUGGUUUUCAAUUGGGCGACGCUGGUUCAGGUCCUGGCGCUGAUCGUGAGCCAGGUUCACGGCUUCCCUAAGCCCGAGGGCAGCAGAGAUAAAGGGAUAUACAACAGAGAAUUAAGUGAAGAGAGACCAUUGGAGGAACAGAUUGCUGAAGCUGGGGCAGGCAAGAUCAGGAAAACAGUCCCUACAGAAAAUAAGCCAGAGUUCAGAAAUUAUUCCUUUACUGAUGACUUGAACCUGCUAAAGUCAGUAACAGGAAAAGAGAGGAAUGAAAAGGAGAGGGAAUCAAUAAGAAGCUCCCUAUAUGAUCAUCAACAACCGGCCCCUGAUGAUGCAGACUCCACCAAGAACCGCAGGCUGGUAGAUGACUAUGACUCCACUAAAAGUGGACUGGAUUAUAAAUUUCAAGAUGAUCCAGAUGGUCUUCAUCAGUUAGAUGGCACUCCCUUAACUGCUGAAGACAUUGUCCAGAAGAUUGCCACGAGAAUUUAUGAGGAAAAUGAUAGAGGCGUAUUUGACAAAAUUGUCUCGAAGCUUCUAAAUUUGGGUCUAAUCACAGAGAGCCAGGCCUAUACAUUAGAGGAUGAAGUGGCUGAGGUCUUACAGCAGUUAAUUGCUAAUGAAGCAAAAGAUCGUGAGAAGGAGUCAGAAGAUCUUGAUUACCCUCCAAGCAGAACAGACAGUGAUACAGAAGAAAAGCAGGAGGAAAAGAUGUUUGUGGAGACACCAAACGUCGCUGAUCAAGUUGGUGUCAUGAAUGGAGAAAUUGAUGAUACUUUGGAUAACACCUGGCCCUCCUCCAGUGUCUUAGAAAGAAGAAACGAGCUGCCUUCUGAGGAUAAUUUUGAGGACCUCCAGUAUUUCCCAAACUUUUAUGGACUACUAAAAAGUCUUAACUCAGAGGAGGCAAAAGAAAAAGAAACCCUGAUAACUAUCAUGAAGACAUUGAUUGAUUUUGUGAAGAUGAUGGUUAAAUAUGGAACAAUCACACCAGAAGAAGGUGUUUCGUAUCUGGAAAACUUGGAUGCAAUGAUAGCUCUGCAGACAAAGAGUAAACUUGAAAGCCCCCUGACCAGCACCAAAAACAAGCUACUAGCAGAUAAGAGCAAUGAAGAGGCAGACAGUACAAAGGAAGAAGCAGCUAAAAUGGAAAAACAAUAUGAAACAUUGAAGGAUUCCACAAAAGUGGAAGAACAAAAUACAGCAGGAAACAAUGAAGAACCAAAAGGGAAAGCUGAGGCGUAUUUGGAAGCCAUCAGGAAGAAUAUAGAAUGGCUGAAGAAGCACAACAAGCAGGGAAAUAAAGAAGAUUAUGAUCUUUCAAAGCUGAGGGAUUUCAUUGAUCAGCAAGCUGAUGCUUAUGUGGACAAGGGCAUCCUUGACAAAGAAGAGGCGGAUGUGAUCAAGCGCAUAUACGGCAGCCUGUAA